UUGCUAGACUUCAACUUUGCGCCGAAAAAUUUGCGUGAGGAGACCCUCUAGGUUCAUCAAGAAUUCAAGGUCUUGAUUUCGAGCUUGAAUGGCGAACGCGAGCGACGAGUUCAGGGUGGUGUCCCCGGGCAUCAGCCACGAGGGCAGGCUGCCGAGAAAAUACACCGGCGACGGACAAGGAGCCAAGAAGGACCUCUCCCCGCCCUUAGAAUGGUACAACGUGCCGGAGGGGACGAAGAGCCUGGCCCUGGUUGUGCAUGAUCUUGACCCGCAAGACCCAGAUGGGCCGAUCAUCCCGUGGUCUCAUUGGGUGGUGGUGAACAUCCCGCCAACGUUGAAGGGCUUGCCGGAGGGGUUCUCUGGCAAGGAGGAGGAGGCGGGCGGCGAGUAUAGUGGGAUCAAAGAAGGGGUCAAUUACUGGAAGGUCCCGGGUUGGCGCGGCCCCAAGUUGCCGACGCCGGGGCACCAGUUGCAGGCUCAUCGUUUGGAGUUCAGGCUCUUUGCUUUGGAUGAUGAGCUGCAUCUCGGGAAUAAGGUGACGAAGGAGAAGCUGUUGGAAGCAGUUGAGGGGCAUGUUCUUGGGGAGGCUUCUUUUGUGGCGUAUUUCUGAUCAAUGAAAACCAGCUCUAUAUCUGCUCGAAUGUGAUGCGAUGUUUGCUCUGAUAAUUUUCUUGGCUUGAAAGCUAAGGCUGUUUGUCUCUCGAGAAAAUUUAACUUCCUUUUCUUGGCUUCAAAGCCAAGGUUGUGAAAAUUUUAAUUUCCUUAUGAUCUCCCUGAUGCUGGAGACUUUAGAAUCCUGUAGUGGUGAUCAGAUGUUUCCUAAUUAAGCAACAUUAGCCGUGCAUCGUUUCUAUUAUACAAGAUUGAACUUAGUGGUAAGGGGGGAGUCGCGGACGAUUUGGAUUUUUAGGUUCGGAUUCAACCGUGUGAAUUAGAUUCAGAUUUAUCUUUCCUAUAAAAAUUCGUAAGAUGUAGCGGGAGACUCUCCGCAAGUUCAUCCCGAGAUUGAACUUGUGAAUAUACAUAUUUUUUUUAAUUAUUAAUCAUCUGCAUUGGUUUGGUUUGAUUUGGGAAGAUUCUGGGCCUUGGGUUGGGCUUUACUAAUGACUCUGGGCCUUUGGGGUU